UGAAGCACAAUAUCCAACCGCUUCGCCGGAGCCUGAACUACUAUAAGCAGCCGGCGAAAUGGCCGGCGAGUGCCAUCCUCCAAACGCUCGGCGCGUGCACUAAAGAAAAUCCCGCUGACAUUUUUGGCCUGAAAUUUUGAACCCAAACAUUUCGGCAAAUCAGCCCGCCCUAACCAAAUUCCCAAAACAUUUUCCCCAAUCUCUAUCUCUGUGUUCAGACACUGAAACCAUCCCAUCAAAACGCACCUCAUUUCUACUUUAAACGACGCCACCUUUCGUUCACGCAGUCUCACUCGCUCUCGCUUUCUCUCUCUCCCUUCCAUGGAUCACUGCUUCUCCAGUCUCUCGCGCUGUCUUCUAGGGUUUUUGCAGCUCCAAAUCCAAGCUAUUUAGCAACUUCAUCCUUUCUGCGGUUUCUAUUACUCUUGCCAAGCUUCUCUCUUAGCUCGAUUGCUCCUUCUCAUGGCUUCGGAAACCCUAGAAGGGAAGAAACCAGAAGACACAGCUCCCGAAGAGCAGAAAGAGAAGGUGAAAGAAGGAGAUAAAGUCGAAGCGGAAGGAGAAGGAGAAGAAGAGGAGAAGGAGCAGAGUGCAGGAGAAGGUAAAGGAGACUCGGGAGCUGAGGAAUCAGAAGAAAAGGGUCAAGAAAGUGAUCACGAGAGCAAGAAAGCUAAAGGAGUUCGAAAGAAGUCGAGUUCGAAUGAAAAAGAACCGGCGACGCCGACCGUUGAGAGGCCUGCUAGGGAGAGGAAGACUGUGCAACGGUACACGGCUUCAUCUUCGUCCGCAAGGGGUUCCGCGAGCAAAGGAUUGUCCAUUGAGAAGGGUCGUGGUACGCAGCUGAAGGAUAUCCCGAAUGUGGCUUUCAAGUUGUCCAAGAGAAAACCUGAUGACAACCUGCAGAUGCUUCAUGCAGUUCUAUUUGGAAAGAAAACAAAGGCACACAGCUUGAAGAGAAAUAUUGGGCAGUUUUCUGGCUAUGUGUGGGUUGAGAAUGAGGAAAAACAGAGGACAAAAGUAAAGGAGAAGCUUGACAAAUGUGUUAAAGAAAAAUUGGUGGAUUUUUGUGACGUCCUCAAUAUUCCAAUUAACAAAGCAAUUAUAAAAAAGGAAGAACUAACUACAAAAGUAUUGGAGUUUUUGGAAUCUCCACAUGCUACAACUGAUGUUUUGCUUGCUGAUAAGGAACAGAAAGGUAAAAAGCGAAAAAGAAAGGACACAGCAAGCAAAAGCAUUGGUUCUGGGGAGGCAUCUGCUGGAACAACAUCCAAGAAACGCAAGCGAGUGACUCAAAGUAGGGAAAAGCAAAAGCCUUCUUCUAAAGAUGAGGAAGAGGAUGAAGAAGAUAAUAAAGUUCAACCUUCAGGUACCAAUGAUUAUUCUCAUGAAGAAGACGACAAUGAUACAGCAUCGAAAGAAGAGAGUGAUAAGGACAGUGAAUCCGAGGAAGAUGAAGAUGAAGAUGAACCAAAGGAACAGGCAUCAAGUCAUAGAAGUUCAUCAAAAAAGAAUGUUAAGACUGAUCUGGGGUCUAAAACCAAGGAAAAAUCUACACCUGUGAAGAAAGUUGUCCCUGCAAAAUCUGGGAAAAGCCCCGAAAAAUCUACAAAAAAGGCUUCUGGUUCAAGUUCUAAAAAACGUACUGGUGAUGCUCAUGGAAGUCCUAGUUCGCCGUCUAAAUCCAAGGGAUCUGCCACUAAAAAGCAAAAAGUUGAAAAGGAGAGCCAGAAGGGGCAGAGUGUUUCGAGCAAGGAGAGAGCUUCUGGCAAGAAACAGCCUAGCAAGUCACAAGCAAAGGAUCCAACCGUGCAUGAAGGAAAAGGCAAAACCAAGAAGAAGGCUAAGCCAGAACCCAGCAGAGAAGAGAUGCAUGCAGUUGUGGCUAAUAUUCUGAAGGAAGUGGACUUCAAUACUGCCACUUUAUCUGAUAUCCUCAGGCAACUUGGUACCCACUUCGGUACGGAUCUAAUGCACAGAAAAGCAGAGGUGAAGGCUAUAAUUACAGAAGUAAUUAAUAACAUGUCAGAUGAGGAAGAAGAGGAAGGUGAUGGGGAUUCUGAAGGGGAGGAUGAUUCAAGCAAAGGUGAAGCCAGAGACGAGGAUGAUUAGCUCAUCCAGCAGAUCUGAAAUCCUCGCAUCUGGAGCUGGUGAUGUACGUAGCCCCCUCAAUGUACAGGGGGCUGCAGUAGCCAAUUGGUACGGUGACCGCCGGAGGAAAGACCGCGGUUGGGUGGGUGUGUACCAUAGACAUCCCUUUCUUGAGGUUAUUUUAUUUUAUCCUUAAAUCUUCAUUAGCUGCACAAUUAGUCAUUUUUUUUUCUUCGAUUGUUCUCUUUGAUUAAUAAUUUUCCCAUGUGUAGUUAGAGAAUGCGCCCCUGUUAAAAUUCCUUGAAUAACUUCUUGAUUAGGUGUUUGAUUCCUUUCUAAAUCUUUUAUAAUAGAUGCAAUGGUUCCUUUCUA